GCCGUUCCCGUCGUCACUCCCAUCUAUCAUUACAUCACUACAUCACACCGUUGGUCUUCGUCUCACGCUAAGAUGACCAACACCUCUCCAGCUAUCGCAAAAGGCAAAGCUAGGGCGGAUGACAACGACGCAUCGAGUUCGUCUACUUCGCGGCCGCCCCCACGUCCACGUACCCCGCCGCCCCAGCCACCCGUACAACAGCCGAUCUGCGCAACACCGUCGUCAUCCACAGUUCUAGCGACGUCGAGUUCAAAGCGCAAGCGUCAAACUCGCAUAGAUUACUACUUUGGCAGCAAAAAACAACGCAUCAGUCCCAUUGCAUUCGAACUGUCGCCUGAAGAGAAAAAGGACGUCAAAGCCCUUUAUGAGGACAUCAAAAAAGAGGAACGGGAAGCUAAGAAAGCCGAGCGAAAGGUGAAUCAACAACUGAAGCGCGAAACGGAGGACGCCGCUGCGCGUGAGAGACAGAAGAAGACCCGUCGUCGCCAAAAUUGGAACAUCUGGUGCGAGCGCAAUGCGAAACCCAAAGCUACGUUCGAGAUCCCGGAAAACCUCCCUAGGGGUGAGUUAUGGGCUAUGCACAGAUCCAUAACGAUGUGCGAAAAGGAAUUCGGCCUGAGAAGGACGGAAGUUUUCUGCCUAGAGCACUGCUGCAAGCCAAACUGGCGAACUGAAGGCGACACAGAUAUCACCUUGUUCCGAAUGGACGAUGUACAGAAACUGGCGUGGCGAAAAGAAGCGAUGCUAGCUGGUGUAGAGUGCAGUAACGAGGAAGAUCUGAUUGCUGAAGGCAGAUUACUGUUCCUCCAAAAGCAGAUGGCUAAGGAAGGCUAGCAACGAGGCACCUACCAGUCAAGCAUGCCUAUGAUUGCCGGAAUCACGACGAAGUC